GUGCCUGAAUGGACUCUCUUGAAAUUGUUCUUGCGAUUUCCCCAAACAAGACUGUGGAGGUUGUCAUGAAGUCCUUCAGAUGAAGUUAUAAAUUAAUAGGACCUCACACUGACUCGCUGUGAGAGCAGAGAGUUUGAGGUUUAGGAAGCUGAAGAACAGUGCAAAGGGGUGUGUCUGUCCUCGAGCCAACAGUGAACUGUAAAAGACACAACAGCAACUUGUGAAAAUCACUGGGAAAGAACCAUAUGAGACUCCAGUAUGCACCAAUGAUACACACAAUAGCAUCGUAAUUAUAGUGCGUGCGAUCAGAACAGAGAGACACUGGACAGACGACUGUCUUCUACAGUAUAGAUUUGACCAAGGCUUUGAGAACAAAUGUGACUCCAGGUUCAAACUUGUGUCAGAGAAUCAGACUGGAGUCCUUCAUCUGACCAGAUUAACACCAGAAGACAGUGGGAACUACACCUGUCAGUGUUCACGUGCUUUUGGAACAUACAUACAGUCUUUCAACAUAACUGUGGAAGGAUAACCAAAGGAGAUGAAAACGACGAAGGUUCUGCAGAAAUAUCUUUCCUCUUUGUUGAAAUUAUAACUGCUGUAACUGUAUUCAUCAUUAUAACCUGUGCCAUCCUGGGAUUUACUUACAGACAAAUUCAUCAUAGAAAACAAAUAGAACCGAUGACCAGAGAUCCAAACAUGGAACCAGGAGACGUUGAGCUGAUCAGACCCUUCAUACAGAAAGAGAAAGGCCUUUAUUCAGUUGCCAUAAUGCACAAAACCACUAAAACUAAAGGCAUGAGGGCGUCAUGGUGAAUAAAAAUAUGAUGACGAGAACACAAUAAUUAUCUAAUAAAUUAAUGGUUAAAUCUUCUUUUCUCUUUUUCUUUUCAUGUGUUCAUGUGUCAUCUGCUCUGUUUUAGAUGACAUUUAAACAUCUUGCAUAUUUUCUUGUUGCAUAUUCCUGAUCAGUGAUGUACUCAGGGGCCGUCUGGUGUUUCUGGUCUUUAUAACAUUGGAUGCUCUCGCUCAGACAGAAGCUGUAGUUAAUCAGGUGUCAGCUUGGCCUGACACCUAGCAUCUCAGUUUACUGCAGGAACUUCCUGUCCUCACCCACAUCUACCUUGAGACUUUGUCUGCUGUCUCCAUGACGUUAAAGAUGUUUUUUACCUCCUUCCUUUUUUUCGUGUCACAUAUUAUUUGUGUGAGUUGUUCUAUACAACAACCAAAUAAUAUGACAAGUAGAAUGAAAAUGGCUGAAGCAAUUUGAAUGGUAAGCACAAAUUUAAGUUAAAGUUGAGGUUAAAGUUUUUCUUUGAAGCGUGCUGAUCAUGAGGUGAUGCUUGGACAUUGAUCUCUGUCUCCUUCUUUCUUUGUAUUUAGACUGAAGUGUCCUGCAGGACGUGAAGCUCAACAUCAGACUGACAUCUGCAACCACCACUGCUAUUAACACCCACACAGGUUUUUGAGUGCUCACGUAUGAGCUUUGCAAGUUAGUGUUUGCCCUCCCCCCUUCAGUACAGCAUCAUGUGUACUGACAGCAGUACUCGUUUAACUCCUGUGAAAGCAGAGAACGGUGUGUCUGUCCUCCUCCCUUUAGUACAAUAGGCUGUACACUACUGGCAGCAGUUUAUUCUUGACCAGCAUGGGUGGAUGGACUGUGUUCUUUGUUCUGGUUCUGCCUCUAUCCGUGUGUUUUGACAGGUACUGUGCAGAAACUACUUUUCAUACUGUCUUUGGCCUAAAGAGGGCAACUCAACGGAUGUCUAAUUUUAAAAAUGCAAGUGCUGACCUACUAUGUUUCUUCUUGAUUGUUAUUGAUUGACCGCAGUGACUCUUGAGAAAAUGUGCAGAGCUUUGUUCUGCUACUGCUAAUCCAGGUUUUAAUUGUCAUUGUAGCGGAGGGAUGAUGUGAUAACUGCAAACCUUAACUCACUAUAAUGCGCCGACUUUAGUUUUUGCCACUUCUCUAUUUGUGACAACUUUUGCAAUUUGUUGAAAAUUUAUAUUAAUAACUGUCUUGAGUCUGCAUGUGGACAGUAUAACAGAGUCCUCAGAUGACAACCAGAUGUCACUAUGUGCCAAUGAAGCACAGCUUAGGUGUAGUUUGUAAGAUCAUAACAGAGGAACAGGGAACAACAUUGCCACCUGCUGUACAUGUAUGAGAAUCACAUUCUUUCCAUGUUUUUCAGCACCAGGUGGGAGUGGAAACUACCUAAAUGUACCUGUGAAAGUGAUUCAUGAACCUUUACCAGUCUGAGUGGAGCUUUUCUUGGAUGCAUUCUGUCAAAAAUCAUCAUGGAGGAACUAAUACUAGGUCAAGAGGGAGGGAUGUGAAACCCCUGCUGUUUGCCUCAGCCUCACACAUAAGUGGAUAUGGAAAUACGACAGCUGACUAUGGCGGGGAGGCGCAUUACAGGUGUGCAGUGGCUAUCCCAACAGGCGUGCUGCAAGUCACAUGGCAGAGGCUUUUUAAAGACGAGUCAAUCGAGAACUUGGCAACCUACAGCAAGCGUUUUGGUCAGCAAGUAAAUGAGCCUUACCGUGGAAAAGUGAUCUUCACAGAAGCGUCCCUCAACUCAACAUCCAUCACUUUAAAGAAUGUAUCAUGGGAAGAUGAAAGCUGCUACAUCUGCUCAUUCAAUGUGUAUCCUGAUGGGUCCAAAAGAAAGCAGACUUGUCUCACGGUGAAAGGAAUAUCCGCGGAUAACGCAAUAUAUGCUAUCAGAAGUGGACCUGAGAAAGAAGACAAGGAGGUUGAGUUUAGCUGCACUGCUACAGGUAAACCAGCUCCAACCAUUGAAUGGGAAAUUUCACCUGGCACCACUCAACUAGACCAAUCACAGACUGCUACAGUAAUGAACAGUGACCAAACAUUUACCACCAGUCACAAUAUCACCCUGCAAGUGCCUCCGGACUGGAAUGGACAUGUGUAUUGUCUGCUGAACAAAGGAAUGAGGGGACACAGGAAGAAGGAGAUCCUUUUUUCUUCAGGUUCUGGUCCUCCUCCGAAGAAGGAUGGACUGUCACCACCAGUGCUCGCAGUUAUGAUUACUGUUCUGCUGAUUUCCUGCUGUUUCGCUGUUGCUGCUGUAAUAAUGAGGAGAAGAGGGUUAAAGCCUAAAAUGAAAGUGAAAUAUGAAGUUGAGGAAGGUUUGGCCUGUGAACAAACAUCUUAGACUAUUGUACCUAUAGACAUUCAAGCAUGCAAGCAUUAAAAAAUCUGUUUUUGUAUCUAAACGUUAGAGAUGUAACAGUGAAUUAAGCUAAAAGCUGACAUCCAAGAGCCAUUUCCAGAGACGACUACCUGUCAGAUGUUCAUUUCUUUUAAACAGCUGAACUUAGCACUUUAACUUUAUUGAUGGAUGUUCCAGCACAAUGGUUGUUGAGACUGUGCAGAAGCUAAAAAUGUAGAAAUCAUUAGCAAUGUUUAGGAUUUUACGAGAGUUACCUCAAAGUAACUGUGAGUUAAAAGCUUGGUAGGCAGACCACUUUAUAGUUUACACAGAGUCCAUUAUAUGCAGUGCAAUAAAAACAGAAGAGUUGCUUUAAGCAAAUCUAACCAGAUUACAGGCGUAACAGGUGGAUGUGUUUUGGUGACAGCAUGAAUGUCACAGACUGAUGCUACAGCGCCAUCAAGUGUUCAGAGUGGAGAAAAGGAAAAGGGGGAAAGGUUUUAAAUUCAGAAGAGAGAUUCAGGAGAUUUUGUUUAUUUAUUUUCUGAAUUUUUAAAAAUCAGAAAAAAAGAGGGUAUUUAGGAUAUUUAUAUCUCUGCCUAUGAAGUUUAAAUCAGACAUGAUAUAUCCAAUAAUAUAUUAUUUUCUGGACAUUGUUUCCUAGCUGUGUUGUUUAUUGCACUUUUCUUGCUGUUUUGCACAUUCAGUGUUUGUGUUUAAAUCACGUGAUUUAUUGCUUACACAAAUACACACAGGGUACUAAACAUAGACCCACCCUUACACAUGACUAAAAUACACAUUUACUGUAUGGUUGUGAUUGUGGUAUAUACACUGCUAAAGCUAUGUGGGUUAGCACUGUGGCUUUGCAUUGACGUGCUGUCCAGUAUGUGAAACACUGGUUAAUCAACCUGUGGUGUUAAUGUUCGUAGAGUUGCUUCAUAGCUUCUACUGAUCAGCUCUUUUAUUUAAUAUGUUUUCAGAAAUGUUUUAUUAUUUGUCCAUUUAUUUAUUGUUGUUCACAUAAUUAAAAUAUGAUGUUUUAAUGUUU